GGUUGUUCCAUGACAUCUGGCCGGCCAUCUCUCUAAUCUGAGUGAGGUUCCAGUGAGUGAGGUCAGGUCAGGUAGCACAUUCCCUUCCCUUCCCCAUGGCGCUGGCGCAAGACCAAGAACAAGACGAGGCCGGUGGUGUGGUGGUGGCGGAGCCGCAGCCGCAGCCGCGCAGGGGCCUCGCCUCCUGGGCGCUCGACCUGCUGGAGCGCGUCGCCGUCCGCCUCGGCCACGACGCCUCCAAGCCGCUCCACUGGCUCUCCGGCAACUUCGCCCCCAUCCGCGACGAGACCCCGCCCGCCCAGGGCCUCCCCGUCCGCGGUCACCUCCCCGAAUGCUUGAAUGGAGAGUUUGUCAGGGUGGGGCCCAAUCCAAAGUUUGUCCCUGUCGCGGGCUAUCAUUGGUUUGAUGGAGAUGGAAUGAUCCAUGCAAUGCGUAUUAAAGAUGGAAAAGCUACCUACGUGUCGAGAUAUGUGAAGACUUCUCGCCUCAAGCAAGAAGAGUAUUUUGGUGGAGCAAAGUUUAUGAAGAUUGGAGACUUGAAGGGAUUUUUUGGAUUGUUUAUGGUCCAAAUGCAACAACUCCGGAAAAAACUCAAAGUAUUGGAUUUUACAUAUGGAUUUGGGACAGCUAAUACUGCACUUAUCUAUCAUCACGGUAAACUCAUGGCCCUUUCGGAAGCAGAUAAGCCCUAUGUUGUUAAGGUCCUUGAAGAUGGAGACUUGCAAACUCUUGGAUUGUUGGAUUACGACAAAAGGUUGAAACAUUCUUUCACUGCUCAUCCAAAGGUUGAUCCAUUUACAGAUGAAAUGUUCACCUUUGGAUAUUCGCAUGAACCUCCUUAUUGUACAUACCGAGUCAUUACCAAGGAUGGAGUUAUGCUUGAUCCUGUGCCAAUAACAAUUCCAGAACCUGUAAUGAUGCAUGACUUUGCCAUCACAGAGAAUUACUCUAUUUUCAUGGACCUUCCUUUGUUGUUCCGACCAAAGGAAAUGGUGAAGAACGGCGAGUUUAUCUACAAGUUUGAUCCUACAAAGAAAGCUCGUUUUGGUAUACUCCAACGUUAUGAAAAGGAUGACAAAAAUAUCAGAUGGUUUGAACUUCCCAACUGCUUCAUAUUCCACAAUGCAAAUGCUUGGGAAGAGGGUGACGAAGUUAUCCUAAUUACCUGCCGCCUUGAGGAUCCUGACCUGGACAAGGUUAACGGUUACCAAAGCGAGAAGCUUGAGAACUUCGGGAAUGAGCUGUAUGAGAUGAGAUUCAACAUGAAAACUGGUGCUGCUUCGCAAAAGCAACUCUCUGUUUCUACUGUGGAUUUUCCUCGAAUUAAUGAGAGCUACACUGGCAGAAAGCAGCGGUAUGUGUACUGCACCUCACUGGACAGCAUAGCGAAGGUGACAGGCAUUGUAAAAUUUGAUCUACAUGCUGAACCAGAGAGUGGCAAGAAACAGCUUGAAGUGGGAGGAACUGUGAAAGGAAUAUAUGACCUGGGACCUGGUAGAUUCGGCUCAGAGGCAAUUUUUGUGCCUAAGGAGCCAGGUGUAUCUGGAGAAGAAGAUGACGGUUAUUUGAUAUUCUUUGUCCACGAUGAGAAAACAGGGAAAUCCCAAGUCCAUGUGAUCGACGCAAAGACGAUGUCCGCUGAUCCGGUGGCAGUUGUUGAGCUACCAAACCGGGUCCCAUACGGAUUCCAUGCUUUCUUUGUAAACGAGGAACAACUGGCAAAACAAUCAGCGGGGCAGUGAAAAAUGGAGGACGGACUGCAUAAUCCGCCGAAACACAUACAUGUAAAAUAAUUGGAAUUAAGCUACAUUUAUAUAUGUGUAUAACUUUAAACGGGCUGCUCCUACAUAACUAUUGAGGGGGAUUAUUAUUAUUAUCUAAGGAGGGAUUAAGGUGAAUAUCAAUGAUACUCUUUGUAUGUGAAUUACAUGCUACUAGGAGCAAGUAUGCAUCAUCUUACUGGAAUA